AUGCAAAAUCUUUUCAGUCUUUUUAUAUUAGCCUUAGUAGUACAGGGGAUCAGAAGCCAGUGGGAUUAUAUUACAGAACAAAGGGAAAUUGCAUCAAGUCCGUGUCCUGAAAGCAACUCCAACGAAAGUCAAAGUAAGGACAACAUUACGAGUACAUCAGAUAUUACAGUGGACUAUGAGAAAUUUGAUGACUAUGAACUCAAGAAGCUUUUUGUGAAAAAAUUUAAAUUAUAUAAGGAUUCAGUGAGCGCAAAAUAUAAAAAUGAGCCUCUAGAAAUAAUGAAACCUCACAGAAAACCUAGGGCGGUUGUAUCGCAUACAACUGUAAGUUGCCGUACGUGUUACGCAGCUGGAACAUCCAGUGUGGACGAAAAAUGCUAUAAGGGUGCCAAGGUACCCAUAACAAAAUGUGCUGAUGCUGAGUUCUGUUUUACGGAAAUUCAUCCAGAAUACUUAAGAAGGGGUUGUGUAUUACCUGGAAGGGUAAACAGAACAUUUGUAUGCAAAUGCCCUCUCUGUAACGACAAACCUUCUACCGAAUCCUGGCAUUACGAAUAUACAACGAUCAAUGAUUGGGCAUACGAUAAUUCUCGAUUGUCAAAGCGGCUUCUGGGUAUGGACCUCAUCUGUAAAGUUUGUGAAACGAAAGGUGUAGACCCGGUACAAGACCAAAGUUGUAGGUCUGGGAAAAAUACGGAAUAUAUGGUGUGUCCUCAUAAUCAUAUUUGCUACACAAAUAUCGACGAUGAAAUUGAUUUUAUGUUUGUAUAUAUAUCUUUAAUCAAGGUGCAUUGUGAAUCUAAAGAAAAUGCAAACAAUGACAAACGUACAAGGAAGAGUGAACUGACGAAAAAAAAAAGUGUAGCUAAGACUGACAAAAUGGAUCACGAAAUAAAGGUGCACGCAUCUUCGGGUGCACAUAUUGAAGGCAACUCGACGGAUCAGUUUAUGGAGCACGAUGAUCCGAGAAGAUCAUGCAUAAAUUGUAAUAAUGUCGGUGUAGAAGAUUGCAACGAUCCCAAAAAUAAACUAAUACAGUCAGUAAUGUGCGAACAUGACGAUGACUUAUGUUAUUCGAUGCACACUCCUUUUGGGAUAAUAGACCGUGGAUGUUACAACUCAAAUCAUAACCUAACCACUUACGUGUGUUCCUGCAAUCUUUGCAACUAUAUUUCAAUUUCUGAGAUGCCGUAUACAUUCAACACUAAACAGGAUUGGAUUGAUAAUGUUAUAGAAAUUUCAAGAACGAGGCACUUCAGAAAAUCAAUAUUUAAAGAUAUGUCUUGUUUGAGAUGUGAAGUCAACUCAACAGUUCAGAAAGCGGAUUUAAUCGAAAGUGCCAACUGCUUAGAAGGCAGCAUAGGUAACAUACCAGUUGAAGAGUGUGAACAAAAUGAAGUGUGUGCAGUAAAAGCACAUAGAGCUCAUGGAUACAUAUGGCGAGGCUGUGUACGUACGCCACUGUACAAUUACUGGUGGCAUUUUUGUGACUAUGAUCUAUGCAAUUACGAUACUGUUUUAUCACUUUACGAUUUCAUUUGA